AAAAUAUUCAGUUCAAAUGAGUUGGAAAAGGCGACCGACUAUUUUAAUGAGAACAGAAUACUUGGUCAUGGCGGCCAAGGCACCGUUUACAAGGGAAUGUUAGCUGAUGGGAGUAUUGUUGCAGUUAAGAAGUCUACAAUAGUGGAUGAAGAAAAACUAGAAGAAUUCAUCAACGAGGUUGUCAUUCUUUCACAAAUCAAUCACAGAAAUAUGGUUAGGCUACUUGGCUGUUGCCUGGAGACUGAUGUUCCUCUGCUAGUCUAUGAAUUCAUUCCCAAUGGAACUCUUUCCCAAUAUCUCCAUGAGCAAAACGAGGACUUUACGUUAUCAUGGGAAUCGCGGUUACGAAUCGCCUCGGAAGCUGCAGGUGCGAUAUCCUAUCUUCACUCGACAGCAUCUAUCCCGAUUUACCACCGAGACAUUAAGUCCACAAACAUACUCUUAGAUGAGAAAUAUAGAGCAAAAGUUGCAGAUUUCGGAACGUCAAGAUCAGUUUCCAUUGAUCAAACUCAUCUGACCACCAAGGUACAAGGUACUUUUGGUUACUUAGAUCCAGAGUAUUUUCGAACCAGUCAAUUAACAGCAAAGAGUGAUGUUUAUAGUUUUGGAGUAGUUCUCGUCGAGCUCUUAAGUGGGAAAAAACCAAUUUUCUUAACCCAUUCACUGAAAACCAUGAGCCUAGCCCAACAUUUCAUUGAAUUGAUGGAAGAUAGUAGACUCUUUGAUAUCAUUGAUGCUCAGGUUAAGGGGGAUUGCACUGAAGAGGAAGCCAUAGUUAUAGCGAAUCUUGCAAAGAGAUGUUUGAAUAUGAACGGAAGAAACCGGCCACCAAUGAGAGAAGUUGCAAUGGAAUUGGAGGGGAUUCUAUUAUCACGUAAUGGUAUCAAUAUUCAACAAAUGGUUGAAGUGGAUAAUUCAUCUAGGUCGAUUUCCUGCAGCAGUUUCGAGACUGGUAUAGAUAUACCAUUAGAUUGCAAGCUGUUGACUUCUUCUCAAACAUGGUGAGCUAGCGAUUAAGAAAAUAUAUCACAAAUCAUAUGUUUCUUUUUUGUUUUUAACACUUGUACGAGGGUUGCUGAUUGAAUAAAAACUUAUAAUUGUAUUGUGGUCCAUAUGUUUUAGCACA